GAAGAAGGACAGCGCGGACGAAGAGAGAAGAAGCGGACGAAGAGGAAAAUCUCUGCAGACCGAGGAAUGGAUGGUGAUACCGGGAUACGAAGUGGUUGUGUUGUGCAGGAAGAGGCUCCGGAGGCUGCUAAUUUAAAAGCCAACUGUGGCGAAGAGAAGUUUUACCUCCGGCCAUGGCAGUGGCAUCGCAAUAACAUCAUAGGGCUAACCACGGAUGCGACUAGGGGUGCGUAGUUGGUCUACCUAAAACUGAUGGUUACUCCGUCCUGUUUCCAGAUUUGCUUUCGAGAACGCCGCUGAGCUCCAUGGGUGUCCUUGAUAUCUGUCUGACCUCACACCUGCCUGUGACAUAGUCAACUGAGUCUAUAGCCUAUAAUCCACAAAGCCCCGAGCGUUACAAUAUGCGGCAGCUACCAUUACGCAAAAGGAGGUCCAGGACAUCUCGCUUGCGCCACUCCCUCUUUGGCGGCCAGAAGUCCUCCAAUUCUGAAUCUGUAGACUCCGAAUCCUCGCAGUGGACGGAUUGUUCAGCCUCAACGGAAGCAAUUGAUGCCACUGAGCAUAAACACAAACUAUCUGGCCAGGAAUACAGUGGCCACCAUCAUAAACCUGUGAUAUCUCACCCUCCUUAGAUUCUUGUUACUGUUACUGCCGUUUCCUACCGUGCUUCCACUUCUCUCCUGUGGUCCAAAAGGUUUAACCAGAACUAGGAACAUGAUCGCCCCCAUAAAGAGCGCGACGGAGACGUCCCAGGCUACCCCGAGAUCUUUGUCGAUAACGUCAGGGAUCGUAUCUUCUCUCACGCUCCUAUGACCAAGGCGGAAUGCCAGGCAAGCGACGCCCUUCAGGAUACUACAUCCACACCCAGCCCACGCAGGUGCUUGAAUAUAGGAUGCACCGUCCACCCAGAGAACUCCCCUCUGUCUGGAGAGGAGCUUCGAGUUAUAUUUUCCGGCGCCCCUCAUUUCUUGCUUGAGAAGGGUAGUCGAUGCCAUUGGUUCCCACAUGUUGUCUUCCCCUGGGAUGAUAGCACCCGCAUUCAGAAUCUUCAGGAUAGGAAACCGUUGCACCAUGCCUCUUUUACGCUAUCCACGCUGCAUGCCCAUCUCCCAGCAUUUCUGGAGCGCAGGAAAAUACCCGGAGGUAGCCCGGAUUUGACUGAGUUGGAAACAAACAAACAUCCAGCCUUUGAUAUUGGCGUUUUCGAAGUGCCCAACAUGCUCUCCUCCCGUGCCAAGGAGAGAGGUUGUGUUGGUUUUCGUCAUUAUAUGGAGCUUCCAAUUUCCCCAAAGCUCAAGGACAAGUCUGAUACCCCACCAGGCAUCACUCCCAUAGAAAGUAAUACCAAUGUACUCAACACAACUCCUACAGGUAAUAACGAGCCAUAUAUCUGUUGUCGACCAGGUAUCCGCUUUAGCCGUGCACAGCUGAUCAGCGGGGGGCCACCUGCCUGGAGGCGCCUUGGGGUCCGUGAUUGUUCACCUAAACAGGUUGCUCAGCGCUUAGAAACCCUGUGUGAUUUGCGGGAUCAAAUGGUGUUCAAAGCUAAGCCAAUCAAUCUGUUUGAUAUAGAAUCCAUAACCAAGCUCCAUCAGGCCUUAUUUUCUACUUUCCUUUACCCUCUUCCCAAGCAAGUGCACGGUGAUGCAUUCAAGCUUACCAGUAUCAAGACUCAAAUUGAUACCCUCGUCAGAGUGCUCGCCGUUAAGGAUGCCUGGAUUGACUUUUCCCAGAUAGAAUGGAGAAUCCGUGCCGGCCAGAUCCUUUGGGAAUGUCCACCACACCAUGACGGAGUUAUCGAGGACCAGUAUCCAGGAGGUUCAGAUAUUAGUAUUAAUGCCGAAAGACACUGGCUUUUGAUUCAGAUCCUUCUAGCUGCUGAAUUAGUUUUGCGGCUUGAUGCUGCCCUUAAAGUCGGGAUUAUGGGUCGACCGAAAGGAAUAAUUACCCAGAAGGACAUAUACCAUAUCAAUGAAAUGAGGAAUGACCAAGUCGACUGGGCAAUCAUCUGCUGCCGGAGUGCCUUUGAAAACCUGACAAUCAAAUACGCCCCCACAAGUGGACGGCUUGAACCUGUUCUGCCUCCUGACCGUCCACUGGAACGGCCACCGUCCCGGAUUCGACAGAUCCUAACACGUGGAAGAGUUAACGAAAAGCGGACACAACAGGCGCGAGGCCAACAACCAGUGGAUGCCCAAAUUACAUGGGAUUGCGUUACGAGACCCCGGUUUUUUAAGAAGCAAUUGGACGGUCUAUUCGCGUUCAUGACCGUAAUCCAGUGGCCUGAUGCAGAGAAGAUAAAGUGCCAGUUGGAGAAGAAGUAUGAUACCGUUUUAGCUGACCCUGCUGCUAUGAUACGAACGCUUUCAACGCCGUUAGUCACCAACGAGUUGACAGGGGAAGACUUAACUCGCAAGAGGCUAUCAACAUAUGAAAACUCGAACACUUCUCAUCUCAUCCUGCUUCUUACGCCCUCUCAAAAUCACGCAGCUUCAACCUCAACAACCUGUUUUGGUGGAUGGAUAUCUCGCUCCUGGCUAAGCGGAUUUGUUCUGCCGGGGGAAGCUAUCAAUGACCUGCUCAUGUCGACGUUGUUGGAGAACGACGCUCAUGCUCUCAGAACCCUCGGCCCGGUAGCCAACCUAUACGGCGGAUUUAUAUAUAGGGGCCGAAGCUGGUGGAGUAAGAAGUGUGUUGUCUCGAGAAUUGUCAGUUGUCUAGAUGGUUCUACCACUUGUAUGGGGUGGGUUUCAAGCCUUGUUGUCCCCCAGGACGAGGAAGGCAAGAACCAUACAGACAAAUGGAUAGAAGUCGAAUUGACAGACGACAUGCGUGGCCUAACGGUGCCACGAAUCUAUAAGACGACACAGGUCCUGCUUGAUUCCUCGCCACUAGGACCUGGUGGUGAGCUUACACCAGAGCAAUUCUGCAUGCCCAUGGAUGAUGAUUCAGACGCAGACUCGCGUCAUAUUCAUCAAACGAGUGUGGUGUUUGAUAAUAUCACCCUUGCCAGGUCCGAACGAGAUGAUCCCAGUAAAAUUCUUCCUUUCAAAGCCACCGCCCACGCUUUUUUCACUAUCAAGGCCACCCCCCAGUCGAAACCGCGCAAGGUUCUCUUCCCGCUAAGCAAGAAUUCGCUAUUUAUCUCUUCUUUCCCUUGCCUCCCACCGCGAGGGUGGGCCGCUCACUCCACAAAACACAAUACAGACCCAGACUCUUCAUCAGAGUAUCACAGACACUUCCAGCCCCCUAUCCCUGAUGAUGAAGACACAUAUGACUGGAGCCUAGGGCCCGAAUCACCUAGCACAGGCCCUCUUAACCCGCGUAUCCAACGGACAAACAGCUUCCGCGUCCCAGGACACCCUCUCCACACUUCCUUCUACCCUUACAAAUAUAUCCCCAUCGCUUCGUUGCCAAGUGUAACAGAAUUCCCACCCAAGCCCCCGAGAACCUAUGAGUGUCGUUCUUCAGGUAUUGGGAAACACCGUCAUUUAUCAUCUGAGGAGAAACGACGUCACCGUCGCCGACCAAUUACAUACAUCGUUGAUGCGAGAGGAAGUAAGGAUAAAGAAGCCUUUGCACGAGCCUGGUGUACGGCCGUCUGUACAGAUGCGGUAAUUUCCAGAGUUGGACGGACUUGUUUAGCAUGUAGUAUUCGAGAAGCGAGAGCGGUUGAUGUUAACGUGGUCAUCCGUGUUGCUAGUGUGGCGAGUGUGACCAAGUAACAACUAAGCGGUGGCUAGGCAAGUGUGGCUACGAUGGCGUGUACGGAGUAUUUACGUGGUGUAAGGUUGGCGCUUUGGUAGGCGAUAACUAUAUGCAAGGUAAGGAAGACGGAAAAGGAUAACUAUAACAAUAAUGUACAAUUUUGGAUUUCGUUUUGCAAUUGUAUAUUCGUUGCAUUUGUUUAAUCCGGCCUGAAGAGGUGAUACAAUUGAAGGAUAUGCAUCAUAUUUUGUUUACUUAUUUAU